ACAAAACCUCAUAUAUAUUAGUCUUUUACACUGUAUCCACAACAGAUCUAUUAUAAACAUAUUAUUUCCAUUAUAAAUACCACGAUCACCUAAGACUGUAAUAUUAUAAGGCUAACACUUCAAUCAUGGGGUCAGGUGCAAGUAAAGGUGGUUCAUACAAGCUAACAUAUUUCAAUGGUAAAGGACGAGCAGAAGUUGCUCGUCUUUGCUUGGCGGCUGCGGGGGUCAAGUAUGAAGAUAUUCGAGUGGAGCAAUCCGACUGGCCAGCAUUAAAACCAAAAACUCCGUUAGGAUUUUUACCAGUGUUAGAAGUAAAUGGAAAAGAACUGACACAGAAAUUGGUCGUCGACAGAUAUCUUGCAGGACAAUUUGGUCUCUUUGGAAGUAAUGACAUGGAAAAAGCAAAGAUAGAUGAAGUGAUGACGACAAUAGCAGAUUUCACUGUUGAUUGUACAAAGCCUGUUUUUAUCAAAGAGGAGGCUGCGAAGGCUGAAGCCGUUAAGUCUAUAGUGGAUACCAAACUACCUGCCAUUAUGGCCUACCUAGAAAAGGCAUUGGAUGCCAAUCAGACAAACAGUGGAUUUAUAGUGGGAGGAAAGUUAUCCGUGGCAGAUUUGACAAUUUUCUUCUUUGUGGACACACUAAGCAAUCUCUCAUCAACAGCAAUAGAUAAAUAUACGAAAAUUCGAGAUCUGAGUGCAAAAGUAGGAGCCAUCAAUAGUAUAGCAACAUAUGUAGCUAAUCGGAAGAAAACUCCAUUUUAAAAACACAAACGAAAGGAAAAUUAACAAACA